GUCAAGACAUUCUUGAGCAGACUCACUCAACCAGCCGCUCCUUCCUUGCGAUUCCAGCAGAAUUGCGGGCUUCGUCUCCUCCGAACCCGCUCUUUUACACCCGUUAGCACCCCUGGCUGGUCACAUAGUCCCAGCUGCCUAUGCGGGAGAGGCAGCCCUCCACGCCGUCGCCGCUGACGGGCACCGUCUUGGACCUAUGAUGUCCUCCGCCGAUCCGAUGCUGUCCGCUUCAGUCCCUCACGCCCUGCCGCCUGCGGCGUCUGCAGCGCCGAUUACAUCGCUGCCACAGGAUGGCUCGGUCGUCAAAAUGAAGGGCCUGCCCUUCAAGGGCAGCAAGGAGGACAUAAUUAAGUUCUUUGCGGGGUUCUCUCUCCGCACGGAGCACGUCUUCCUGCGCAAGCAUCCCGACGGCAGGCCCAACGGCGAGGCCUUCGUCGUGUUCGAGAACAGCGACGAGGCCCGGCGCGCCACGCAGAAGGACCGGGAGACGUUUGGCGAGAAGUUCGGUGACCGCUAUGUGCGCGUCUACCCGACCCUCGAUUCGGACAUCCCCGACAUGCAAGCCGCUGUGGCGCAGGCACAGGCUCAGGAGCACACGCAGGGAGGUGGUGGCCACAACCACGGCGCACACACGGACAGCGUGGUGAAGAUCAAGUCGCUGCCGUUUGACGCCACUCAGCUCGACAUUAUUCAGUUCUUUGACGCGUACAAACUGAAGCCCAACGGCGUGCAGCUGGUCGUGCGGUCAGACAACAAGCCGACGGGCGAGGCGUUCGUGGACUUUGAGACUCCUGAGGAGGCCCAGCGCUCUAUUAAGGAGAAGGACCACAAGGUGUUCUCGGAGAAGUUUGGGGACCGCUACGUGCGGUUGAUUCAGGUGUCGCGCAAGGAGAUGCAGGCCACGCUGGCGCUGCGCUUCGGUGGGGAGGGUGUGCUCAAAAUGAAGGGCAUCCCCUUCAAGGCGACCGCCAUGGACGUGCGCAAGUUCUUUGCGAACUACAAGAUCAAACCGGAGGGCGUCAGCUUCAUCAUGCACGCGGACGGGCGGCCCACCGGCAUGGCGUUCAUCGAGUUUGAGACGCCGCAGGAGGCGGUGCGUGCAAUGGAGAAGGACCGCGCCAAGUUCGGGCCGGAGUACGGCGACCGCUUCUGCAUGCUGCAGCUGGUCGGCCGGCACGAGAUGGAGAAGGUGACUCUGCAGCGCGAGAACGAGAACACCGCCAACAAGCUGCUGAACGGCAUCAACGUGCUGCAAGCGGCCGCGCUUGCCACGCAGGCGGCGUUCAGCAACCCCGCCCUGCAGCCCAUCCUCAUGGGCUCCACGGCGCCCUGGCUGAACCCCAUCUACCAGGGCAUGGGCCUGGUGAACCCCGCCACCGCCAACUCCGCCGCCACCGCGGCCGCGCUGGCGGCCAAUGCGCAGCUGCAGGUGCCGCAGGCGCCGCCGCCCAACCCCAUGCUGGACCCCUCCGGGCUGUCGGCGGGGCCGUACGGUGCGCAGCUGCAGCAGGGGCCGCAGGGCCUGGUGAACGGCGCCGCCGCGCUGUCGCUGCUGCAGCAGCAGCAGGCGCAGGUGGCGCUGCAGCACCAGCAGCAGGACCCCUCGGGCGGGUGGGCGCUGGACCCCGCAACGGCGGCCGCCAGCAACCUGCAGCUCUUCUACCAGAACGCGGCGGCGGCGGGGCAGCCGGACUGGGCGCGCGCAGCCGCGGCCGCGGCGGCAGCUGCCGACCCAAGGCACGCUGCGUUUGCUUCGCGCAACGCGAUGCGGGCGCCUCCCUCGCUGGCAGCGGCGGCGGGCCUGGGCGGCUUCGUCAAGGGCGGCGCUCCUCACCCAGUGGGCCAUAUGGGCCCGGACCUGACGGUUAUCCAGGCGGCGGCAGCGGCGGCGGCGGCGGCGGGGACCUCGCAGCUGCCCUCGGGGGCGACGCUUGGUAAGCCGCUGGGGAUGCCGCCGCCAGCGGCGCUGCGCGGCGGCGCGGGUUUGAGCGCUCCUCUGGCAAGCAUCAACCCAGCCGCAAUGGCAUCUAUGGGGCUGGCGGCAAGCGCUGCGGGGAUAUCCGGCGGGCUGCCUGGUCUGCCGCGGACCGUCAGCGAUAGCGCAACAGUGGCAGCGGCGGCGGCUCUGGCAGCGGCGGGCGGCGCUGUGCUGUAAGAUGCUCCUCCUGCGAGAUGAGCUGCGAAUGAGGCCAGGGCACUACACCGGACGGGGAGGGGUGUUGACUUGGUAUUGCGGGUUCGUUGGCAAAGCUAUGGAAGAGACCGGCGGGCAGCCUAUCAAACGCAUGCCCGUCCUGCAUUCCGGCGUUUGUAUUGGCACCGUAGUGGUUGAUGCGUCGGGGUGGCCGCGCAAUGGAUAUAAAUAAACCGUCCAAAUGAGGUUCGGAUCUCGGACGGACUAGCUUGUCACGGGGGCCAUCAGCAUCAGCGCCCUCGUCGUUUUUCGAUUUGACGGAUACAGUGGAUCACAGUCUGCAACUUUUCCAGCCUUCAGCGUGUACUUCUGGUGCGUUGGAGCUGUACCGAGUGCCGCCGUCAUCGGUGUGAAAGGGCUAGUGCACGGCCUAGCUGCUGCGGCCCGCUGGCACAGGCACGUCCGCAGGAGACUGAGCAAUGAGGGGCCGCACCGUUGCGAGUGCUUUAAGUUUUGUGGCCAGGGUACUUCGUAGGAUGUGAGAGUCGUGCUCGUGGUGAGCAUGAUGCGUGCAGCCUGACGCUAGUGAGCUGAGCGAUUGAGAGGUUGCAGAUGUUUUUUGUCGUGCUGCUGCUAUGUACAAGAAUGGGGAUUAGACUACGGUGCCCUCUCUGCAAGGGAGUUACAGGGUUGGCGUGUGCUGCAUUGCCCGCCUCACCUCGCAUGCGUUUGGUUUGCUGCUCGCCGGGUCUCCGCCGCCGGCCGCUUUAGCGCUGGCUCGCAGCCGGCCGCUUUAGUUUAGCACUGGAGGUAGGUCCGUGUGUGGCCGCAUUUUUUGUGCGGAGCAUGGCAUGGCAUCUCUGGCUGGCUGUGGUGGGCAGGCGGCAUACCUCGCUGCUUCGACAACCACGGGAAGUCCAAGAGCCCCCACAAGUUGGGCACAUAAGCUUUAGGCGUGAGGUGUGACGUACGUGCUUGUUAACACAAUUUACAAUCCGUAUCUGUCGGGCGUGUAUGCCUGAGUGGUUAGACAUGUGCGUGGGACACGUACCCGCGUGGAGGUUUGUGGUACCGCUUAUGUACAGAUCAUUGUGCGAGUGUGGGGGUGGGGCAACCAGGAUGACGGGACGCGCCCGAGAAUGGAUGUGUUGCGUCUGUGUCUGUGGUGUGUCUGUCGUGAACGAGGGGAUAACGCCCCGCAGAGGAAAUCAUUGCAUGCGGCACUGACUUUGCAAGCCCUGUCGGACCGCCAGGUUGGCAAGCCGGCGGGCUCAAGGGCAGUUGCCGUGUAUGCGGUGCAGCGCGUUGACUGCGGAGUGGGCCGUAGGGUGUGACCCGAACCUCCCUGGUUGAGCUGUUGGCAAAAGAAGAUCUCAUGCGAGGAUGUGUGGAGAAGACGACGCGAACAGGAUAAGGCCGCGGCGAUGCGUCGCUGGCUGAAUGCAGUGGGCACUUCGUGUUUCUUUCGGCGUGUUGAGAGGCGUGGUAAGGAAGCGACACAAACCUGCGGCCGAACACCAAACAAAUUCUUUGUUCCUGUGCAGUCGGCUGGUCGACUGGGCCCUUCCCUUAAACAAUUUUUGGUAUGUGCGCUCGUGAAUUACUGGCCAGUUGGACCAGGCCGCGCGCCCAGGUGUUUGGGGGCGCGUUGGGCACGAGCGCGUGUUUGUGGUUUGUCCGUCGCGCCACGCGUUAACGUCUGCUGGUGUGUGCACGAGUGACACGCGUGCGGUGUGUGUGUCAUAGUCUUGUGUUUUUCUUACCCCCAUUUUAAGGAAAUGCAGUGCAACUGGAGUGCGCGGUUCGGCCGAUUGUGGUGUCACUGAUGGUGUAGAGGCCGGUCGCGCGUUGAAAGCAUGCGGUUGGGCGCCCCGGGGUGGGUAAGUUUUUGGCUGCCACGCGGGCGCCUGUCUAUACAGGCAUGCAUGCGAACAAAUACUGGGGAGGGCAGGAGUGUGCUGUAGUUAGGGUCCGCCGCUCGCGGUGCGCCCUCGGUCACGCCUGGUAUCGUGUGGUUUUGUCCGUUCUGUAUGUUGGAAAAACUGGGAGACAGGCCAAGCCAUGCCAUUGGAAGGAGACUGAUCCGCUCAACCUGUCGGCGUUUGCCUGCUUUGAGGGCACGACAGCAGCGUGAGGCGUGGACGGUAUGCGAUUGGUGAGUCUUGUUAUAGUUCAAAAGUGUGGUGCUGGUGAGUGAACGGUAGAGGAGAGUGAGGAGGGAGCGGAUGUUGUUUUCAGCUUCAAGCACGAGUUUUGCGAGGACAUAAGCUAUACUACGUUAUUCAGAGGCCUAUGCCGCAUGCAACACCAUACAUCCUGGCAUGCAAGGCGCGAGUUCCUCUGACGUGCGUACCCAUGCCCUACGAAAUUGUUCCUGUUUGUGGCUUUCUCAGUGAGCAACCCUUACGUGGACGUGGUACUCAGGACGGUUAUGUGUCUGAACCCGGAGGAGGAUGGACCCAUGGAUGACGGGGCAGUAGCAGGAGGCGGCUGGCGGCUGGCAGAUUGUCCGCCGCGCAUGCUGUGUAACCCAGUGGUGGU